GAUAGGUGAGAUGACCGAAAUUACUUUAUUAAAAUUACAAAAUUUCAUGUAUAUCUAAAAUUUUAACAUCUAUAUCUUCUUCUCUUCUCUGUCUCCCUUCUGAGUAAGCUUCCAGUAUCACGUUAGUUUUCGUUAGUCUUCGCUGUCGUAUUUCGUGUCUUCUCCGUCAUCUUUGUCAUUCACUUUGUUCGCGGUUUGUCUUCAUUUCUCUCUGCUCGCCGCUGCUCACUCUGUCGUCUCCCUCCUCGCAUGCACGAUCUGUGCUCCGUGCUCCCUGCUCACUCCGUCUGCAAAGAUUCCAACCUAUUUCCAUCUCUUCCCUCUCCGUUUGUCAAAAGCUCUGCUACAUCACUUCAGGCUCCGUCACUGACAGGGGCGGAGCUUCAUAGGGACAAGGGGGGCCACGGCCAUCCAAAAAAAAAAAAUUAUAGCCUCUCUCUCUCCCUCUUCCAUAAUCAGAUUUACGACGGCCGCCUCUACCAAACAAACGACUCUGCCAGACAAACGAAACGCGCGAACGCCUCCGACAAACGAAUCACGAUUCGCUCCUCUGCUCGCUGCGGGCCUGCGGCCGCCUCUGCCUCCGUGGCCGUUCGUCGCUCUCGCCUCUCUGUUCGCUGCAACUCUCCAAAUCGCGUUGCUGCUUUGUUCAAAGGCAAAAAAAUGGAAGGUGGCGAUGCGUUUAUAGGCGGAGACAAACUGAUUGUGAAGGGAUUGACUUUCCAUGGUUUUCACGGAGUAUUACCCGAAGAAAGAACGUUGGGGCAGAAGUUUUUUGUUGAUGUAGAUGCUUGGAUGGAUCUCAAACCCGCUGGAAUUUCUGAUAAUUUGUCUGAUUCAAUUAGUUACGUUCACAUAGUUGAUAUAGCUAAGGAAGUUAUUGAAGGACCAUCUGUCCAACUUCUAGAGUCAGUGGCCCAUAAAAUUGCAAUCACGACUCUGACAAAUCACAAACAGAUAUCUGCUGUUCGUGUGAGGGUUGGAAAGCCUCAUGUGGCGGUUCAGAGUCCGCUUGAUUACUUAGGUGUUGAGAUUCUUAGACGCAGAAGCGAUUUGACACAGUAGAACUUUCAUAUUUACUAUUGCAGGUUUUUUAUAUAAACUAUCAGCCUUUUCUUUUGUAUUUUUAUCAGUUUUGCUAAUAAAAUUAAAAAUGAAAGUUAAGCAUACUAUAUUUAUACUAUAUAAGUAGAUAAUUUGGACACCACAGACCAAAAAAAAAUGCAGCGGAGACACUGUUAUUUUUAGCUGCCAUAGAGUAUCUGCAGUGAAGUUUAUAUGUCAUUAUCGGUAAUAAAUUGUUCAUCUGUAAUUGUUUCCUCCUUCAGUCUGUAAUGAAAAGUAAUUUGUAUUAUGAAGAAAAAUAAACUCUCGCUCAAGUUGAUAGACUAUCA